GCCGUCUUUCCUUCCGACAUCUUGGACUACGUGAAGCACGCGUUUUUCGGGUGUACGAGUUUUUGAGUUCUGCGGUCGAAUAAUGAAGCUGAACAAACACGUUUCCUCUUCGCGGCGCAAGAGCCGCAAGCGCCACUUCCAAGCACCGUCGCAUAUCCGUAGGAAGCUGAUGUCGGCUCCGUUGUCAAAGGAACUUCGGCAAAAGUACAAUGUGCGCUCGAUGCCGAUCCGCAAGGAUGAUGAAGUUCAGGUUGUUCGUGGUCACUAUAAGGGUAACCAGCUCGGCAAGGUGACGCAAGUGUACCGUAAGAAGUUUGUUGUGUACAUCGAGCGUAUUCAGCGCGAGAAGGCAAACGGCAGCAACGUUUUCGUCGGUGUGCAUCCCUCCAAGUGUCUCAUCGUUAAGCUGAAGAUGGACAAAGAUCGCAAGAAGAUCCUGGAUCGCCGAGCCAAGGGACGUCUGGCGGCGCUUAAUAAGGACAAGGGCAAGUACACUGAGGAAACAACUGCCACCUCAGCGAUGGAAACUACAUCUUAAGUUUGCCAACAAAAGUACCCCUUGUGAGCUGUGCUAAGCAUUGGCUCUGGAACCUACAAGCGGAGAAAUUAAAACGAAAAAUGUGUGCUGCAUACUGGAGUGAAGCGAGAGAAUAAAAAAAGUCAGGCGAGAAA